CUUUCUGACGGGUGCUUUUUGUGACAUGCCGUGUGUUUUGCGUGUGUUGUAAUAGAGAAUCGGUGCGUAAGCGUGAUGUGUGUUACAGGCAGUUGUGGAUAGACAAUGCGCUUUUCGGGAUGGGUGCAAACAACGGGAAACAGUGCGAAAGCGAAGGUAAAGGAAGCUCAAGUAUUUCCUCCGACGUGAGCUCCGGCACAGAUCAUACACCCACCAAAGCUCCCAGGAAUGUAGCUGCCAGUGAAGACUCAGACCUGAGCAUGAGGACACUCAGUACUCCCAGUCCUGCCCUCAUCCUAAACCUAAGUCCUUCUCAUCUUUCUCCCCAAACUCUACUCAAUGGAACUGACACUCCGUCCUCAUCCCCAUCCUCUUCACCCAGCAUUCCCAGAGAAACAGUUGCUAUUGUUCAUGCCCCACCAGGAACGCCAGGCUGCAAGAAACCCUCUCGGACUCACUCCACUUCAAUCAUUGACUUUCUUCCAGACCCUGUCCUCUUGCAGAUCCUUGCUCACCUGUCCACACCACAGCUGUGCCGAUGUGCCCGAGUGUGCCGUCGCUGGUACAACCUGGCAUGGGACCCUCGUCUCUGGAGAACUAUCAGGUUAAGUGGAGAAUCGCUUAAUACUGACCGGGCACUGAAAGUCCUCACACAGCGCCUGUGCCAGGAUACCCCCAAUGUGUGUCUUACUUUGGAGACAGUGGUGGCUAGUGGAUGCUCGAGACUGUCUGAUCGAGGUCUGCGUGUGCUGGCUCAGUGCUGCCCUGAAUUACGUUGGCUUGAGAUCUCAGGCUGUUACAAUGUGUCCAAUAAUGCAAUAUUCGAUGUGGUGUCCUGCUGCCCUAUCCUAGAACACCUGGAUGUCUCGGGUUGCUCACAGGUGACAUGCAUCAGUCUGACCAAAGAGACUUCAGUCCCUUUCCCUGCGCUUCAUGGCCAGCAGAUUAGCCUGCGAUACCUGGACAUGACAGACUGCACAUCUCUAGAAGACCAGGGUCUGCGUACCAUUGCCCUGCACUGUCCACGCCUAACCUUCAUUUAUCUGCGCCGCUGCAGUCUACUGACCGAUGAUGCCGUGCGUCAGCUGGCACUUCACUGCCCUGCUCUGCGUGAACUUAGCCUGAGUGACUGCCACCUGCUGGGUGACUUUAGUCUGCGCGAGGUGGCCCGCAUGGAAGGCCAGCUGCGCCAUCUGAGUGUGGCACACUGUAGUCGCAUCACUGAUGUAGGUCUGCGCUACGUGGCACGCUACUGCCCGCGUCUGCGCUACCUGAAUGCUCGAGGCUGCGAGGGCAUCACGGACCAGGGCCUUGGCCAUCUUGCCCGUGGGUGCCCCAAGCUGCGGGCGCUGGACAUAGGGCGUUGCCCGUUAGUUACCAACAUGGGGCUAGAAAUGCUAGCACGUUGCUGCACCAGGCUCAGAAGGCUUAACUUGAGGGGAUGUGAGAGUGUCACUGGUAGAGGGUUAAAGGCAUUAGCAACAGGAUGCUCUGAACUGCAGAUGCUUAAUGUACAAGAUUGUGAGGUGGCGGCAGAGGCACUGCAGAUGGUACGACGCCACUGCAAACGCUGUGUGAUCGAGCAUACAAUCCCAGCUUUUUACUAAUUACACAAUUGAUUGUUUGACAAGUGGAUAAGUUUACUUACCGCAGCUUUAGUUAAAGUGGGGUGGGUGAGACACGGUGUGCAAUACAUCUGUAAGAAAAUAUUCAUUCCUUGCUAUAUUAAUAUAAUAGUAUUUAUCAGAUAAAAAAGUUUAACUUGA